GAUGGCGUUCAGAGGGUUUACGCAGCCCGCGACCGGCGGCUUUGGCUUCGGCGCGCCCGCGCAGCCCGCGACCGGCUUUGGCGCGACGCAACCUUCGACUGGCUUUGGCGGCUUUGGCGCUGCGCCCGCGACCGGCGCGGCCUCUCCGUUCGGCGCUGCCCCGGCGGCCGCGUCGCCCUUUGGUGGCGGUGCCAACUCGUCGCCGGCCUUUGGCACGUCCAGCACCUUUGGCGCGAGCACGACAAACGCGUUCGGAGCGCCUGCCGCGACGUCGGCCUUUGGCAACACAUCGGCGGGCACGAACGUCGGCUUUGGCGGCUUUGGCGCCGCGCCCCAGCAACAACAACAAACAUCGGCCUUUGGCGCUGCCGCGGCCCCGGCCGCGAGCCCGUUCGGCCCGACGCCGACGACCUCCACCGCCGCCGCGAGUCCGUUUGGCGGUGGCAUGUUUGGCGCUGCCGCCCCCAAGCCUGCGUUCGGGACGGGCGGUUUCGGCAGCACGACGACGACCAGCACGUUCGGCGCGACCUCGGCCCCCGGUGCAUUUGGCGCGCCUGCGCAGCAGACGUCGGCCUUUGGUGCACCGGCGUCGACGGGCUUUGGCGCGACCACUGGCUUUGGCGCGCAGCAAUCGAAUGGCUUUGGCGCGGCCCCGAGCGCCUUUGGAGCCCCCGCGCAGCAAACGUCGGCCUUUGGAGGCGCGGCUGCGAGCCCAUUUGGCGCUGCGCCUGCGACGACGUCGGCCUUUGGCGCUGCGCCCACAUCUGCGUUUGGCGGCGGUGGCUUUGGCGCCCAGGCCAACAGCGCGCCGCAGUGCGGUACGGGCAACCCGCCGUACGUUACGUCGUCCGAGCAAGAGGCCGAGAAGAACAAGCCCGCGACGACGGUCCACUUCCAGUCGAUCUCCAAGAUGCCGCAGUACCAGCACAAGUCGGUGGAGGAGCUCCGAUGGGAAGACUACCUCAAGCGCACCGACCCCGCUGCCGCGCAGCAACAGGCCAACUUGGUGCCCAACACGGGCGCUGCCGCUCCGACGACGACGACGACGACCACGGGCUUUGGUGGUUUCGGCGCAGCGACAACGACCGCGCCCGGCGCGUUUGGUGCCAAGCCGCCGCUCGGUGGCGGUGGCUUUGGUAGCACGACCACGUCUGCGUUUGGCGCCGCACCGUCGACCGGCUUUGGCUCGCAGCAGACGUCGGCCUUCGGAGCGCAACCGGCGGCGCCGUCGGCAUUCGGUACCGGCGGCUUCGGGUCGCAGCAGCCGGCGACCGGCGGGUUUGGCUCGACGACCACGAACAGCAUGUUUGGCGGUGCGACGACGUCGGCCUUUGGUGCGCAGCCGGCGCAGCAGCAGCAGCCGACGUCGGCGUUCGGAGGUUUCGGCGCCAACACGAACACGAAUACGACGACAUCGGGCUUUGGCACUGCGUCGCCCGGCGGUGCGUUUGGCGCCGGUGGCUUUGGGUCGCAGCAACCGGCAACCGGCGGCUUUGGCUCGACAACGACGACGACGGCCGGUGCUUUUGGCGGGUUUGGCCAAGCGUCGACGACCGCGCCGGCGCAAACCAAUAAUGCGUUUGGGGGCAGCAACAACGCGUUCAGCUUUGCCAAGCCGUCGACGCCGGCGGCCGGUGCAUUUGGCUCGGCGCCGAGUGCGGGUGGCUUUAGCUUUGGCGCGACGCCGUCCACGGCGCCGGCGACGGGCGGGCUCUUUGGCGCCUCGAGUUCGACCAACACGACCACAAGUGGUUUUGGCUCGUUCGGCGCGACCAAGCCGCAGACAUCGACGUUCGGUGGCUUUGGCGCGACGACGACGACGACGCCGGCCACCGGUGGCUUUGGCGCACCGACGACGGGCACCUCGAUGUUUGGCGGCGCCUCGGGGUCCACGACACCGGCUCCGUUUAGCUUUGGCGGCAGCAACACCGGCACCACCGGCUUUGGAUCGACCACCGGCACGAGUCUCUUCAACAAGCCCGCGGCCACGGGCGGCGCGACGUCGGCAUUUGGCUCGUCGCUUUUCUCGGCACCGGGCGGUGGCUUUGGCGCGCCCAACCAAACGGCGUCGACCGGCGGCUUUGGCCAGCCGGCGGCCCCCGCGGCUCCGACGACGCUUGUCGCGGGCCACGACUCGAACCCGUACGGCGCCGGUUCGUUUGGCGCGGGCCUCAUUGAGCAGCAGAUCAAGACGACGCUGACGCUGCCUGUGCCCAACGCGAUGCCGCGCGCCAAGGCCGUCGACGCGGUCGAGUACCAGCGCCCGUCGUCGCUCGUGCGCCCGGUCGCGACCGUCCCGACGUUUUUAAGUGUGCCCAAGACGACGGUGUCGGCGCCGACGCCCGCGCGCCGCCUGCUCGACGACACGGCCAGUGCACCGGCCGCCGACUUUAGCUUUGCGACGACCAAGUUCAAGAGCAUUGCGACCAAGCAACUCAACAUUGACACGCCGCCGAAAGUGCGCCGGGUGCCGCCGCCGACGACCGCGCCGCAUGUGAUUCCGGCCGAGACCGAGGCGUCGUCGGCGACGGCGACCGUGUCGCUUUCCAUCUCGCUGCCGUCCAAGACAACGCUCGAGCUCGUCGUCGACAGCCUCGCGACCGGUGCCGACGUCCGCGCGCUCAUUGGCGAAAAAGCCGGUCUCACCGGCGCCUUUGACGUGCAGUUUGACGGAACGCCGAUCAACGCGUCGAUGACGGCGGCGUCGUUCGUACACGGGUCGCUCGAGGUCGUGGCCGCCCAGCCGUUUGUGAGUUUUGACUCGUUUUACAAGUCGGCGACGAGCGCGUCGACGUCGGAGUUUGCGUCGCCGGCCGAGAACCCGUUGGCGCCGACGCUGACGAAAGAAGGCUACUACACGAUGCCGGACCUGGCGCUUCUUCGCACGAUGACGACCAAGGAGCUCCAGAGCGUCGACAACUUUGCGGUCGGCUGCAAGGGCCUCGGGUGCGUGCAGUGGUACGGCGCGACGGACGUGACCAACCUCAACUUGGACGAUCUCGUCUUGUUUUCGACGCGGGAGGUGGUCGUGUAUCCGGACGAAGACAACAAGCACGCGCUGGGCAGUGGCCUCAACCGGCCCGCGCUCGUCGAGCUCCUCCAGGUGUACCCGCCGACGCAGGACGCCAAGCGUGAAAAGUACAUUGAGCGCGUCAUUGCGCGCACCGAAACCAUGGACGCGACGCACGUCGACUACAACCCGGACGCGGGCGUGUGGAAGUUCCGCGUCGAGCACUUUAGCCGGUACGGCCUCGACGACGACGAGAGCGACGACGAUGCGACGGCCACGACCGACGCCACGGGGUUGCAGCAGGUCGCGACGCAGCUGCAGCUCAACCCGCACCGGUUGCACGAACUCUCGGCCUUGUAUCUGCCGUCGGAACCGGAGAAGAUCGUGACGCCGGUCCCGACGCUCUCGGCCAGUCGCCUCGCGGUCGUCGAACCGGUUCCUGCGACGCCGUCGGCACCCGUGCCCCGGUCGCUCACCGUGUACCCCGUGGUGACGCCGUCGACGUCGACGCUCCUUGGCCUCUGGAACGCGCCGCUCAAGUCGCUCGACCUUGGUAUCUUUCUCGGGCGGUCGUUUCGCGCGUCGUUUGGGCCGCAGGGCCAACUUGUGACGACGCACGCGGCGCAGCGGGUCUCGAUCUACACCCGGACGCCGGCGACGGGGACGGCCCUUCUGGCGGCGCACCGCAGCGUCAGUCGCCAAGACCCCGUGUCGUUCCACAUGACGCUGCCGGCCGACGUGUCGGGGCUCCUCUCCGGGUUUACAUCGGCGGCGACGGGCCACGACGGUCUCCUCUGGGGUCUCGUGGCGGCCUUGUACGGCCAAGAGUCGUCGUCGUCGUCGGGUGCUACGGCCCCAUACUUGGCUCCGAUCUCGAAUGCGCCGUUGUCCUUGAACGAUCUCGCGACGUCGGACCGUCGCCACGCGUAUCUCUCGCAGUGGUUUGAAAAGGCCGUGGCGCGCCCGACGUCGUCGUCCUUGCCGUCGCUCCACAACGUGCUCUCGCUCUUGUGCCAGCACCGCCUCGUGGAGGCUGCGACGAUGGCCGCGUCGCUCGGCAACUUUCGCUUGGCGACGCUGAUUGCACAAGCCUCGACGCACCGGGACGGGGACUUUCGCGCCGCGCUCUUGCAGCAGCUCGAAGCGUGGGCGACGACGGAGGCGCUUCAGUUUAUGGAGCCCGAGCUCGCGUGGAUCUACUCGCUCUUGGCCGGCUCGUUUGCAGUCGUGACGCAGCGUCUGUCGCACCUCGACUGGCUCCAAUCGCUCGCGAUCGUGUUUUGGUUUGCCCAAGGCCCGCAGUCGCUUGCGUCUGCGGUCGAUACGUUCACGCGCGCGGUUGCGGCCCAGCAGUGCAAGCCGCCGCUCCUCCAUCUCAAGGCGGACCCGAUCAUGGAGCUCUUGGACGUUGCGGUCGGCGCGAAAGCGUCCUUGGUCCCGCUGCUCAACGUGCUCGAGCCCGACGCGGCGUGGCACCUCUAUCACGUCCUCUCGCAUGUGCCCGGUCAGUCGCUGUGCCUGUCGCCCAAGCAAGCCGCGCUUCUCACGUCCAACUAUAUCUCGACGCUCAUCGACGCGGGGCGUGUCACGGACGCCAUCUACGUCGGCUUGACGAUCCACGAUGUUCGUGCGCGCAAGGCCACGGUGCUCUCGCUCCUGCACACGGCGGCGGCCAAGGACGGUGCCUUAACGUCGCUCCAAGGCCUCGUGCCAACCGAGUGGUUUCACGAUGCGAUGGCAACCACCGCGAUGGCGACGGCCGCGUACGCGUCGGCGGUCGACCACUACAUGCUUGCGGGCAACUUUGACCACGCGCACCGCGUGCUCAUGCUCCACGUGGCGAUUCCCCGCCUCUUCCGGGGCGAGACGGCCGAGCUCGGCAGCACGCUCCAGGCGCUCGAGCCGCACCAAGCGGCGAUGCCUCUCUGGGCCCGGUACGGCGCCGUCGUGCUGAGCUACCUCCGGCUCCGCGAGAGCCCGCACAUUGCAACGCGCCACGUGGUGCUGAGCGUCUGCCGCAAGCUCAAAGAGUGGCAAAUGCAGCCGCUGGCGCACCUCGGGCACGAGCACGCACUCAUCGAGCGCGCUGUCUUGGCCAAUAUGCUCACGUACAUGACGUCGACGGCGGUCGCGCUCGAGCAGGCGUUGGAUGCGUCGGCGUCCGGGCAGUGGCUCAAUCAGCUGCAGGGCUACGUGCAAGCCGACUGCUUUGGCGAAGGCUUCCGCGCCACGAGCCUCAUGCACGUCAGCGCGUCGCUCGUCGAGUAGACAAAAGAAGAUCGUCGUCGAACUAUCUAUCGGUCCCGUCAUUUCCCUCCCCUUCCAAAUGAAUUGCGAUACCUGCGUAUUUG